GACCACGAUGGGCCUCCUGGAACAUUGGUGUAUUUAUCUGCAUUCGAUGUGCUGGAAUCCACAGGAAUCUGGGGGUGCAUAUAUCCAGGGUAAAAUCAGUUAACCUGGACCAGUGGACUCAAGAGCAGAUUCAGUGCAUGCAAGAGAUGGGGAAUGGAAAGGCAAACCGACUCUAUGAGGCCUACCUUCCUGAGACCUUUCGACGACCUCAGAUAGACCCAGCUGUUGAAGGAUUUAUUCGAGAUAAAUAUGAGAAGAAGAAAUACAUGGACUGAAGUCUGGAUAUUAAUGCAUUUAGGGUUGGUCAUAAAUCUUACACAUUUUGUUUAUAGUAGUAAUUUGCUCUUUAGUCAGACUAGGGAAGAAUUUGAAGAACUUUCACUUAAUAAAUGCAGUACCAGUGCAGUACCAGUAAAGUAGCAAAAUACUCCAAAGUGGUUAAUUGAUAAAUAUAAAACUAACUGGCUAUGGUGAUGCACCCUUUAAUCCCAGCACAGGCAGGCAGAGCUCCAAGUUUGGGGCUAGCC